AACUUUGAUCAGCGCUGGGGCUGGGUUCCCGCUGGCCACAGCCUGACCACACGCCCUCUGCCCCUGAGGGAGAGCCAGGCAGCCCGGCCCUGCCUGCCCAGACCCUCACGGAGAUGCUUUCUGGAGCCUGGCGGUGCUGGGCCUCCCUCCUGCUCCUGGCCAGGCUUGCCCAGCCCUGCCCCGUGGGCUGCGACUGCUUUGCCAGGGAAGUGUUCUGCUCGGACGAGAGGCUGGCCGCCAUCCCACUGGACAUGCCACCCCAUGCCACGGCCAUCGUUUUUGUGAAGACCUCGUUCGCCACAGUGGGAACCAGGGCCUUCAGUGGCAGCCCCAACUUGACCAAGGUGGUUUUCCUGAACACGCGGCUCAGCUACCUCGGGCCCGAUGCCUUUGGGGGACUGCCCAGGCUCGAGGACCUGGAAAUCACUGGCAGCACCUUGUCCAACCUCAGCACCCACAUCUUCCCCCAUCUGACCUCACUGGGCAAGUUCACACUCAACUUCAACCUGCUGGAGGCACUGCCCGAGGGUCUCUUUCACGACAUGGAUAACCUGGAGUCCCUCCAGCUGCAGGGGAACCAGUUCCAGACCCUGCCCGGGAUGCUCUUCCAGCCUCUGUCCCGUCUGAGCUCCCUCAACCUUGCACAGAACCACCUGGACCAGCUCCCUGAGGAGCUGUUCCACCCACUCACCAGCCUGCGGACCCUGAAGCUGAGCAGCAACGCUCUGUCUGGCCUCCCCCCAGGUGUGUUUGCCAAACUGGGCAGCCUGCGGGAACUGUUCCUGGACAGCAACUCAAUUUCAGAGCUGCCCCCAGAAGUGUUCUCGCAGCUGUUCAGCCUGGAGAAGCUGUGGCUGCAGCGCAAUGCCAUCGUGCACCUGCCACUCUCUGUCUUCUGCUCCCUGGGCAACCUGACCUUCCUGAGCCUGCAGGGGAAUGCACUGCAGGUGCUGCCUGCUGGCCUUUUUGCCCAGACCCCAGGGCUGGUAGGGCUGUCCCUGUCUCACAACCGGCUGGAGACGGUCGCAGAGGGCUCCUUUGCCAACCUGUCCAGCCUCAGCUCCCUCAUGCUCUCGCAUAACGCCAUCGCCCAUCUACCAGCCGGCAUCUUCAGGGACCUCGUGGAGUUAGUCAAGCUCUACCUGGACAACAACAACCUGACAGCUCUGCACCCAGCCCUGUUCCAGAACUUGUCCAGGCUCGAGCUGCUUGACCUCUCCAGGAACCUCCUGACCAUGGUCCCCCAGGGCACCUUCGAAUUCAACUACAACCUGUUCAACGUCGACCUGCGUGACAACCCCUGGCAGUGUGACUGCCACCUGGCCUACCUCUUCAGCUGGCUGCGCCACUUCAGCGACUGGUUCUUCAACACCCAGACCUACUGUGCGGGCCCCACCUACCUGAAGGGCCAGGCAAUGCCCGCCUUGAAACAGGAGCAGCUGAUGUGCCCCGACACCCGCGACCGCUUGGGCUUCCAGGCCCCGGGGCCAGACUGGAGGGGGCCGGGGGGCGGCUGGGAUCUGGCUGUGGAGGAGAAGGCGUCCCGGAGCCAAUGCACCUAUAGCAACCCCGAGGGCACGGUGGUGCUCGCCUGCAGUGAGGCCCGGUGUCACUGGCUGAAAAUCCAGCUGGCUCCUAAGCAGGGCGUGGGCACCCCGGGACUGAUGCUCAAUGCCAGUCAGGAGUGGGACUUGAGGUCAAGCUGUGGCUCUGUGCGGGUCACCGUGUCGACUGAGGCUCAGGCAGGGGAGGCCUAGGUGCAGGGUACACAGAGCCAGGAGCCCGGGCAGACGGCUUCCAGGCCAGGCCAGGUCAGGUCUGGGGAUGAUGCAAAAGCAAUGGCUUCUCAGAUACAAGGGAUGGGGCUACAUCUCCAAGGGCGGGUGUGUGUGUCAGGCACACUCUUCCCCCAGUCUUCUCCUCUUCCUCUUUCUUCCUUACUCCCCUCUUUGGAGUAAGCACCCCUUUAAAGCUGCUUCAUGGUCUGCGGAAUAAAAUACCCACCCCCAGCCCCUACCCUGGUGUUUUUCUAUGGUUUAAUACCCACUCCUCUCUCAUCUCCACCCUGAAGUUCCAACUGAGAGGUGUAUUCACCCCUGUUCCAAUUAUACAAAACGGAGGCCACCCCCUUCUGACAUCCAGUUCAAAAGCCAAUCGUCUGUUUCAA